GUGCAACUCUCGUCUUCCUCCUCACAAUUGAGGAAAGACCAGACAGAGACAACAUGAAGAUGCAGAUGCUGCUGGUGUUGGCUGUAGCAGUCUUGAUGGUUCCCAGUCUGUCUGAGGGACGGAUCCUCUCAAAAUGUGAGCUGAAGAGCUUAUUGGAGGAGGCGGCCUUCAAAUUCAACCUGACUGAGAAAGCCAGAGAGAAUUAUCUGACAAACAAGGACUUUGUGGCAAAAAUCGUCUGCCACGUAGAGAAGGCCACAGGUUUCAACACCAGUUUUGUGACUCCUUGGAGGGAUGAUGAUGACAGCCCUACCCGCCCUGCUAAGGAUGAUAACCGCCCGACCCGUCCUACCCACCCGGAGCACCCUCCUAGGAGGGAUAAGAGACACACUGGGGAUUCUCACGGGGAUUCAUCCACUGAAAGUCAUCAGUCCAGCCCAUCAAAAGAGGACUCCAGAAAAGAAGACUCCAGCGAAGAAGAGACCAUGUGGACCCUCUACGGCUUGUUUCAGCUGAGCGACCGUGUGAUCUGUGCCAACGGCUCCACUCCGUCUCUGAACCUUUGCCAGAUGAACUGCAGUGAUUUGAUUGACGACGACAUCAGUGACGACUUGGACUGUGUGGAGACAAUCAAACAGACAGUGGAAAGUGGGCCCAGGGAUCAUAAAAUGGCUUUAAUGAGAAUGUUUAAGCUGCUCUUCCAGAAGGAAUGUGUCAUGACGGAUGCCUCUAGCUACUUCUCCGAGUGUUGAAUGAGAAGCCAUGUCAGAUGACGACCCCCCCAAAGUGUAUUUUCGCACACUAAUCGUUCACUCUUUAAACAAUACAUUGAGUUACAUAGGGUGAAUUUACACAGGCAGCCCAACUCUAAGCUUUUGCCCAAUUAUUAACCAAUUGCAAAAAAUGACCAAUGCCAAAAUAUCAUAAUUGAGCUUCCUGUGUAAAUGUAGCCAUGGUGUGUAACAAUUAGUUCUCAUCAGCCUCAUUUUCACAAAGUACACCAAAAUAGAAUGUAUGUAGAAAGAAUAAAGUUUAACAGUAUAUUUC